ACUGAAGCACUCAUUCACAGCGAGCGACCCGGGUCUGGUCUCACACGCACACACAGCAAGGGCAACAAAUCGCAUCGCACGCUGAGCAUAGGUGAGUCGAGUCGAGUCGAGUCGAGUUGAUCGGUUCUUGACCCUAAAAAACAGGCAUGCAACACCCCACCCAUUCCAUUCAUUCAGGCCCUCUCACCCCACGUAACAUUACACGCUCCUCCCUCCCUCCCUCCCUCCAUGGCAUGGCACAGCACACACGGGGCGGGGCUGUGAAAAAGGCCUGGCCGGGCAAGGCAACCUCAGGCUAUCACACCGGCCAGGCCAAAACACCGACCGACCGAGACAGACACGGUGGUCCCUCGGGUCACUCAGCUGCCCUCGACGCCAAACUGCUCUGUGAAGUCGGCCUGCUUCUUGAGGUCCUGCUGACCAACCGUCGCACGCGCAUUCUCCAACACAGCCUCAAAAUCCCUCUGCACGCACACACCACAGCACAGCACAGCACCAGGUCUAUGGAUGCAGGCAUCUGUGGGCGGGUGAGGGUGCGGUGUUUAUGUUGUGUUGGUCAUCCCCCCCCCCCUCUCCCACCAUUGAGAGGUCGGUGGGCAUGAGUUCGGCGGGUGGCACGUCCAUGAGGGCCAUCUCCUUCUUGGAGGGGUCGGGGUCGCCAGGCGAACACGGAGUCCAAAACUCCUUGCCGUCACGACUUAUCUGCACGCACGCAACGCAACGCACGGAGAUUGGAGACAGACAGACAUGUGUGAACGCACCUCUCAGUCAAGCAAGGUGUGUGUCGUGUUGUUGUGCCGUGGCAUGCAUGGCUCACCCGUUUGAAGUGUGUGGCGGAUCUGCAGAUUCUGACAGGCUCAAACAGGGCGUCGCGCACCACCACAGAAAUGUCGGCACCAGAGAAGCUGCGUACAAGGACGGACGUAUGAAUGCAAUGCCGCAAUACAGAAUAUAUUGUCGGUGGAUGUGUCUGUACGUACGUGGCAAUGUAUGUCACUUACCCCUCAGUGCAUUCGGCGAGUCGUUGGAAGUCUGCGUCAUUGAGGCUGUUGGGCGUCUUGCCCACGUGAAGCUCAAAAAUCUGAUGCACACACAUAGAUCGAUAGGCCAUACAUGCGAUGCGAUCGAUGGCUUAUCUUCCACUUCCUGGGUCUGGUCUCAUCGUCUCGUGUGCACUGCACAUUAUAUGAAUGUAUAUGUGUGUCGUGUCCGUACCCUUUUCCUGGCCCUGACGUCUGGCAGUGGAAUGUAAAUGCGGCGCUCGAACCUUCGCCGAAUGGCCGCGUCCAGCUCCCACGGCACAUUCUGCCACAGACACAGACACAGACACAGACCAGCGAACAGACAAACAGACACAUCACAUGCAGCCAGGUUCAGGCAGACAAGCGACCCUUUCUGUGUGUGCGUACGGUGGCCCCGAGGACCAACACGCCAUUGUCGUCCUUGCCGACACCUGAUGCAUCCAUCGAUAAUGCAUAUCGAGAUGUGCCGUUCAUGUGUCAGUCAGCGUGUCGUGUCGGUGCUGUGGUGUCAGUCAGUCAGUCAGUCUGCUUGCCUUGCAUUUGCACGAGGAACUCAGUCUUGAUGCGCCGCGAUGACUCGCUCUCGCCGUCAGAACCACGACCUGCAGCGCACACCAAGACACAAAGAGAUAGAGGCGCAUGAAUGAAAUGGAUGCGUACGCUUGCAUGGUGAGCCCACUCCCCUGACCGCUGCACAGUGAGUCGACUUCGUCGAUGAAUAUGAUAGACGGCUUGGAGGCACGCGACAUCUCAAACAAAGUGCGAACCAACCUGCAAACACGCGGUGCAGCAUUGGUGGUCUGGUCGUUGCCGGCUUGUUGGCUCCUCGCGAAUCUCAUCUCACCGCUCGCUUUCGCCCUGCCACUUGCUGACGAGGUCAGAGGAUGACACUGACAGACAGGCAGACAAACAGACACCACGCAGCGCACACACACGAUGAGGCAGGCAACCAAUCGUGCGAUCGAUCGCUCGCUAAGGCACCCACCUGAGAAGAACUGUGCGGAUGCCUCGGUGGCGCACGCUUUAGCCAAAUAAGACUUGCCCGUGCCGGGAGGCUGCACACACAUUCCAACACAUAUGCUAUGCCACUCACCCAGUGGCCUGGCCAUGUGUGUUCGUUGGUGCUUGUUUUGUGCUUACGCCAUAGAGUAGAAUUCCCUUCCAGGGUUUUCUGUUGCCCGUGAACAGCUGUGGGAACCUGGUGGGCAGGAUGACGGCCUCCUGCAGCGACUCCUUGGCCGACUCCAGACCUGAUGCGAUGCGAUGCAGGAUGGGAUGGUGCGGACACAUCCAUCCAUCCAUUCAUACAAAUGUACGGCGGUGAUCUAUCUAUCGAUCGAUUGAUCGACUUCCUUGGUUCCUACCAGCCACAUCGUCCCACUUGACGUUCGGCUUCUCCGUCACAAUCGCGCCUGACAGACAGACAGACAGACAGACACGCACAGAGGGACGCAAACACAAUCGAUGCAAAAGAUGACUGACGGCUGUGCUGCAGUGCACUCGCACGUACUUGUGAGUGCGUUCUUGAGUUUGUCCUUCUCUUCGGCGCCGUCCUUCUCACCGCUGAAGCCAAGCAUGAUCCACAGACAGACACAGCAGACAGGACAGGCACAUCCAUCUCUGGUGUAUGUAUGUAUCUAUCGCUGUGUGUGGAUAACUUUGCUGGCUGCCACCGUCCGUACCCCUCCUUGUGGUCCUCCCCGCCAGCGGGCAGCGGUGGCUGUUUGUUUUCACUUUUGGCAGCCAGGUACUCCUUGAUCUUCUCGGCUCGGGUCACGUACUCCUCCAUCUUCUUGUACAGACGCUGCUUCAGCACCUCGUUCGACUGAUCUGUGUGGUGGCCAUUCACACACACACACACACAGGCAAAGAUCUCUCUGCAGUCUGUCUGUCUGUCACUCCUUGUUUGUGAGAUGUCGUCUGUGGCGUUGAUUACAUUUGCAUACGAGUGACCAGUUGUCGAGUGAGAGUUUGUACAGCUCGAGUGCCUCCUCGUACUGGCCAUCCUUGUCCUUCUGAGCCGCACUCUGCGCCAGCUCUAUCGCGCGACGCAGACGCUCGUCCUCCAUUGGGCCGCAGAUGCUGCCGCUCUCUGUCUACGCCAAUUUCCUCUCUGAUGCAAUCAACUCUCGCUCCUUCGAACUUCG